CAAAAACGCGUGUUAUUAAAUCUGAUUAUUUUUAGUAAAUUUAUUAAAGUUAACAUUAAUAUUUUUGCAGGCACUGGUUGACGUCAGAGUCAAAGCCGCGCACAAAAAGAUGGCUCAAGAGCUGGAUUCCUUAUUAAGGAAUGGAGUGCAAUCUAUCGACAUGCUUGGAGCUGAUAAAUUCAUCGUCCUCGUCGGCUGCACAGUAAGUGGAAAAAGCACCUUCCUCAAAUUCCUGCUCAAAGACCCAACCUUGAACAUCAUUAAAAACGAGCAAGAGGACUGCAUUUUUACUGAUGGCGAGACGACAAUCGGCAGUGAAGACUGCCUCACGUCCAAAACCCUGAUGCCCAACCUGAAGAAGGAUGAAAAAACCGGCUUUGCUGUCUUGGACUGCGCCGGUUUUGAGGACACUCGCAGUGAAGAGAAUGAUUUAAUCGCAUCAUUCCUGAAUAAAAUGGUUUUGGUUAAGGCCAAGAAAAUCAAGCUCGUCAUUGUCGAGAGUUACGACAAGGUUAAGUUACACGGAGAUCGGAAUGCGUUCAUGAAUGUCCUUAGCCUAGUUUCUGGUCUCCUUAAAUAUAACUACAAAUCAUUCAAGAACUCAAUCUGCUUAGUGGUGACUAAAAUUUUUGAGCCGUUCAAGAGCGACGAUGCCUUGAUCCGCUCCGUCAAAAUCUUCUUUGAAAAAGCAUUCAAGAGUCUGGAAGAGAAAUACGGCGCCCAGCCCAGUUCUGAAGAUAAAUUGAGAGAAAUGGAAAUUCUGCGCUUUCUGAUUGCAAAUAGUCAAAUUGGUCUGUUCCGCAGACCAACUGAAGUGGCUGAAAACCCAUGGAGGUUGCCAGCACUAAAGGAGAAUUUCAAAAACUUUAGAAAACUCGUAUUUGAAGAAGUGAAGUUCACGCCUAAUAAUUGCGGCGAAUUCAACAUCGUGGUUGCCCCAAAAACUCAAAUCUGGAUACGCGGACCUUUGAUCGAGAACACCAUUGAAGACUUAAAAAGACUAUUGGCGUCUUUAGCCGACACCAUCGAGAAAUCAAUUUUUGUGAAACUCGGGGACAAUGGCGGGGAUCUGGAGGAAAAAUUGACGAGAAUCGCUGAGCUGGGAGAACUGAUCACCGUGCUGCUCUCCUCUAUCCAAUCACCAGAGGACCUCGCGGAUUUCGCAGUGAAGAAAGGAGUGAAGAAAGAAACCAUUCAAGAGUUGCGAUAUCAAACAAAGAAGACAAUUUUUCUCUUUGGUGUUGUUGAAAGGGAUGAAAGCGAAAUCAAAAAUUUGAUUGUUGGUUUGAACGGUGGUCGUGAUGAAAUAAUCUCGAAGGUCAAAACACUCGUCGAAACCAACAGGUUCAUUGUAAAUCUGGCAAAGAACGCGGAGUCGCACAAAGUACGUCUGGCGAACGACAAAGUCAUGAAGCUGUUCAACGAACUGGAUGUUUCAAACUUUCCGCUUAAAAUGACUCAUCUUUGCGAACUGGGAUUCAACGAGUGCAUUUCUUUUCAAGCCCAAAACCUGAAACAGAUGAGUAUCAACCAAAUCAGCGAUUUGAAGGCUUUGUACAAGAAGAAAAAUGAGAACAUUUUGAUUUCAAAGUGGGAUGGCUAUCGUUUACUCUUUCUGGGAAGGUACGUUUUUCUCAGCCAAGUAUCAAAAGAAAUCAAUCGGUCGCAAGUUGAGCAGGUGGUUGUGGCAACCACGCAGCACCUCUACAUCGAUUGCGACCUGACGUUGAAGCACACUCAUCUCUCCCUGAUUGCACCAUUGAUUGAAAUCGUCGAGGAAAAAAGGGUCAUCACUCUCAAUGGAGAAGACGGAGUUUCUCACCAUGUGAAACAAGCUUCUGCAUCCCAGGACAAUCGUUCAGGAGAAGAUGGUCUGCACGGAAACGCAGGAUUCAGCUCAGGCAGCUUCACACUCAUUGCUUUGGAUGUUCUAAAUUCUACUCUACUGGAGGUUCGAUCAAAAGGAGGGAACGGAAGUGAUGGCCAGCAUGGUGGAGCCGGCAGGAGCGCUUCUGCGUGCGAAUAUCCACUUUUAGAAGAUAUAGAUGGACCUAUUUCUGAGAGAUUCUCAGUUAAUCAAUAUAUCAUUGACCACUGCAAGGCUAAGGGUUAUGAAGCAAGUAUAGGCACUGGAGAAUGGACGAACUAUUUCCUUUUAGUGGUUGGCUUUGGGCGUUCCCAGUUCAACCUGACUGUAAAGAAGAACCCUGAUGACAAAGCUACGGACGGAGGACGCGGAGGCAACAGUGGCUCACUUGCCGAGGCGGGCGAGAUGAAUCUCAAGGUUCUAAAUAGCACUUCCUUGAACAAUGUUUCAGUCACCUGUAGCAACGGUGAAAACGGCAAGCUGGGAAAAGGAGGAAUAGCUGGCAGCAACGCAAAAGGAAAGUCCCGGAAAUACAAAUGCAUGUAUUGCACUUAUUUUGUACUUAAUUGGAAGGUCACCGUGGAUCAAAUGUUAGACUCUGAUAGGGAAUACGACUAUAGUGGCCAUGUCGCUAGGGAUGGAAGAGACGGAAGCAUUAACGAUGAGGGAAACAAUCUGCGUUACAAGUACUCGGAGGAAUCUUUGCUUCCAAUUGAAAAAAUAGCUGACUCUUUGAACGACUUCGCUGCUAAGCAUGAUUUUUACAAAGAUCGUAGUUUUUAUACUUUCAAAACCUACGUGCAACAAAAUUUAGGUAGCAAAACUAGAGCGACCGUGACAGAAAACCGAAACUCGACACAGCAGCAGGAAUUGAGUUCGGUUUCUCAAACGAAACCGGAAUCACUUCAACCGGAAUCACUUCAACCGGAGCAGGACCAGACAGGUUUUUCAAUUUACAAAUGGUUUACCGGUCUUUUCAAAAAACAAAAAUAACAAAAAAGUAAACAAAAAUCUUAUUAGUUUCAGGGUGUUAUUUUUAUUUUUCGAGCUAUUCCAAUUCUAAAAUUAAAAAAAAAAAUCGAUUUCUUUUCAUCUCCAAAUUUCACGUUCUUAACCAUAAGAAUUGGAAACACUGCCCAGCGCAAGACUCGUAAUGACUUUCACUGACCAGCUUAAAUACAUAUUUAGGGGUGCUAAUCACCAUCCCCUUUCAACCAAAUUGCUUGAAUUUUGGUAACACAAAUUUAAUCAUGCUUUUCCUCUGGGCAAAAAAAUAUUUUUAAAUAUUCCAAAAUAGACCAACUGUGGUUAAUUUUUGUAAUUCUUAUACAGCUCUAGAUUUAGAGUUGCAAAAAUAAUGAACUGUGAGUAAUUCCUAUUUUCUCUAGUUUUGAAUUUGAAGGGAAAUAAAAAUGCCAGCUCUAUGAAAUUUGAAUAAGCGCACCGCAGGCCGCACGCAGGGACCCAGCCCAUUGAUGGGCCACUUGCCUCCGCAGUCUCCGCACCGAGGACUGCAUUGAAACGCUAGACAUUCGUGUGCCGUGAAGUCAAAUCACGCAUGCUGAAAAGGUGCAAAGCAGCCCGUUGAGCAAUUAGAGCAUUUCGAGCAUUUCGAGUCACUAAACUAACCACUUUCUUAACAAAAUCUCAGGUAACAAAAGCUAAUAGAAAUAUAAUAUUCCAUCGAAUCGAAAUGUAAAUCUAUUUGUGCUCUUUUUUACUAGUUUUGAGAAUAAUAAAACUAAAAAAUGAAUUAUACAUGUGUUAUGGAUGUUUUCUACGCUUGAUUUCUAUACAGAAUGGAUUUUGUUUCAACCCUUCUCGCAUUUACGAAAUUGACAACUUCAUGCAACAGGAUUGUCUAAUAUAUUGUAGGAUUUUAUUUUUUUCUACCUUGUAGUUGAUGUUGUAACAAAUAAAGAGCAUAACUCUAUUUUGCAAAAUGUACUAACCCAGAGAGAGAAUAUUUGUGUGGCACUCUGCGAAUCCAAAAUAUUACAAAUUUUUAAUAUAUAUACAUAUUUGAUUAUUUUUUGUGCCUGUCCAGAAUAACAGAAAUAAACAAAUUGUUUGC